AUGAGUUUAAAAAGAAAUUUGUCAUCAGGGAAUUUGAACGGCUCAAAUCAGAACAAGAGAUUGAACAAUCUACCUGUUCAAGAAAAUGGUCAAGAUGACGAAAUCUCUGUUGAUCAAGACAUUUCAAUAGAUUCACCAGGCUCUAGUGAUACAUUUACUGAUGGAAAAUGGCAUGAUACUAUUAGCAAAGUUGUCAAAAGUGUUGUUUCAAUUCAUUUUGCCCAAACAGCUAGUUUUGAUUGUGAUCCUGCUAUUGUUAGUGAAGCCACUGGUUUUGUUGUCGAUGCUGAAAGAGGUAUCAUUUUAACCAAUAGACAUGUUGUUGGUGCUGGUCCAUUUUGGGGUUAUGCAAUUUUUGAUAAUCAUGAAGAAGCCGUUGUAAAGCCAAUCUAUAGAGAUCCAGUUCAUGAUUUCGGUUUCUUGAAAUUUGAUCCUUCUAGUAUCAAAUAUAUGAAAGUGCAAUCUUUAGAGUUAAGACCAGAAUUGGCGAAAGUUGGUUGUGAAAUCAGAGUUGUUGGUAAUGAUGCUGGUGAAAAGCUUUCUAUUUUGGCGGGUUUCAUUUCAAGAAUUGAUCGUAAUGCUCCAGAAUACGGUGGCUUAACUUAUAAUGAUUUUAAUACCGAAUAUAUACAAGCUGCGGCUAGUGCAUCUGGUGGUUCAAGUGGUUCUCCUGUUGUUGAUGUUAAUGGGUAUGCUGUUGCCUUGCAAGCAGGUGGUUCCACUGAAGCUUCCACUGAUUUCUUCCUUCCAGUAUAUCGUGUUUUAAGAGCACUAAAGUGUAUUCAAAGUCAAACACCUGUUACAAGGGGUACUAUCCAAGUACAAUGGAUGUUGAGGCCUUUUGAAGAAUGUCGCCGUUUAGGUUUAUCAGAUGAGUCUGAAAAGAAAGCCCGUGAGAAAUUUCCUGAAAUCAUUGGACUAUUGGUAGCAGAAGUUAUUCUACCAGAAGGCCCAGCUGAUGGCAAAAUUAAAGAAGGUGACACUUUGAUAUCGAUCAAUGGUAUUGAUAUUUCAAAUUUUAUCAAAGUUGACGAAAUUUUAGAUGCUUCAGUGGAGAAAGAAAUUGAGAUUAUCUUACAAAGAGGUGGUGAAAAUGUUGUCGUUAAUUGCACUGUUGGAGAUUUACAUGCUAUCUCCCCAAAUAGAUAUCUAGAAGUUGCUGGUGCAUCAUUCAAUGAUAUGAGUUACCAAAUGGCUAGAAUUUAUGCUAUUCCUGUUAGAGGUGUUUUCAUCAAUAACGCCACCGGUUCGUUUUUCUUGGAUAAAACUGAAACAACAGGUUGGGUUGUUGAUUCUGUUAAUGACCACGAUAUCACUAACCUGGAAAAUUUCAUUGAAGUUAUGAAAACAAUUCCAGAUAGAUCAAGAGUUGCUAUGGGAUUCCGUCACAUUUCUGACUUGCAUUCACCACAUAACUCAACUAUAUACGUUGAUCGCCAUUGGUGUACCAGCUUCAGAUUAGCAACGAGAAAUGAUGAAACAGGUUUAUGGGAUUACCAAGAAUUGGGAGAUCCAUUACCAGCACUCCCACCAACUCCAAGAUCUGUGAAAUUCAUCGAUAUACCUAUGGAACAGCCAGGCUGUGCACAAUUGAGCAAAAGUCUUGUUUUAGUUACUUCUACAAUUCAUAUUCCUGUUGAUGCUUUUCCGGCAAUCAGAAAAAGACAACAUGGUCUUGUAAUUGAUGCUGAAAAGGGAUUGGUUAUUGUUUCAAGAAAUGUUGUUCCUCAUGAUUGUUUAGAUGUUCACAUUGUUGUUGCAGAUUCUUUAAUCAUUCCUGCUAGUGUUGAAUUUUUACAUCCCACACAAAAUUUUGCUGUCAUCAAAUAUGAUCCUUCUUUGAUUCAAACAGAAGUCCUGACACCUAAAUUCAGUGAAACACCAUUGAAAAGAGGUGACAAAGCUUUCUUCAUUGGUUAUAAUUACAAUUCUAGGGUUGUCACCUCAGAGACUAAAGUCACAGAUAUCGCAUCUAUUAACGUUCCACGUAACGUUUUAUCACCACGUUAUAGAGGUUCCAACUUAGAAUCUGUUGCAUUUGAUACUAAUUUGUGUACCCAAUGUGGUUCAGGUGUUCUUGCUGAUGCUGAUGGUACAAUCAGGGCUUUGUGGUUGUCUUUCUUGGGUGAAGGAGGUAAAGAUAGUGAUGUUGUUUAUAAAAUGGGUAUUGAUAUUACAGAAUUCAACACAUUUAUAAAAGAUUUCAGAGAAGGAAGAGUACCAAAAGUGAAAAUUGUUGAUGCUGAAUUUUUUGGUUUAUCUUUGGUUCAAGCACGAAUUAGAGGUGUUUCAGAUGAAUGGAUUAAACAAGUUGAAAAUUCAGGUAAAGAUAGAUUACAAUUUUUGGCAGUUUCAAGAGUAUCAGUUCCAGAAGCUGGUGAACCAAAGACAAAUUUUGAAACUGGAGAUAUUGUUUUAUCAAUUGAUGGUAAACCAGUUUAUGGUAUCACGGACAUUACAGCACAGAGUACAAAAGAUAAACUUGCUUUUAAAAUUGUUAGAAAAAGACAAGAGUUAGAAAUUGAAGUACCAACUGUGGAAAUCAAACCUACAAAUCAUCUAGUCUUCUGGUGUGGUGCAGUUUUACAAGCACCUCAUCAUGCUGUUCGUCAAUCAAUGAUGAACCUACCAAGUCAAGUUUAUGUCACGAAUAGAAUGCACGGUUCUCCAGCUCGUCAUUACGGUAUAAGCUCUACAAAUUUCAUCACUCAUGUUAAUGGUAUUCCAACACCAACACUAGAAGAAUUUGUGAAGGUUGUUAGACAAAUUGGUGAUAAUACAUAUUGCAAAUUAAGAUUGGUUUCGUUUGACAAUAUUCCAUUUGCUAUCUCAAUCAAAACUAACUAUCAUUAUUUCCCAACUGGGGAGUUAAAGAGAGACUCAAACCUGAGUAAAUGGUUGGAUAUUGAAUAUAAUGAAGAGAACAAAGAAACUAAAGUCACUCAUAUUUAA